GUGAGAGAUUGAUUUCCAUAGCCUACUGCGCUCUCAUAACCCGACGCUCCAUACGUUUUAUUUUAUUUUUUAAAUUGAAUGACUUGUUAGUUUGUGUUUUCUCCAGUUGAAUGUGAAGACGAAAAUGUCCCAAAUAUAUGUAUUGUUUUGCUCCCAGAUAGCGUGUAUACUGCGGUGAGGUUUUCCUGGUGGAAACCCGACCUCCACGUGGUUGGUUGUUUACGUCUUCCAGGAACUGGCCGCAGCGGAACAGCGCUGAUUGGGAAACAUCAUUCCCGGAUACAAUUUCAUUACAGCAAGUUUGGACGGCUGGAAAAUAUAUCGGCUGCCUCAUCCACAAAGAGGUGCUGGAAGAAAAAAAACACUGACUCCUGUUUUCAACUUUCUCUGGCUUUAUUAACAUCCACAAGGAGAAUGUUUCAGCUUGGAAGCCAGCUGGCCCAGUUUCACUUCUCCACAGGACCCAGUACUGCUAUUGCAGGUGCCACAGGAGACAGUACACAGCCUACCCUAACAGUGCAGGACUUUAUCCAACGUGUCAGGAAACUUGGCGGACUGAAAAAAGAGAACAUUUUCUGCGAUCUACGAGUUCCUACCCAGUUUCAAACCACCAAGGCAGAUGACAUCGACCUCGUCAUCCUCACAGGUCACGGGGUGUUCUGCAUCGACGUGAAGCCCUGGAGAGGAACGGUGUCUUCCCAGCGGCAGCAAUGGCACGUCCAGCUCAAAGAACAGCACCACAACUUUACCAACACCUCCAUAGAACAGGUGGCUGACCCCCUUGAGGCCGUCAUGACCAAGACAACUAACCUGUGGCAGUACCUGAGGAGGAGCGGCCUGUCGGUGCGUCAGGAGCUCUUCCUUCCCAGGCUAGUCUUCCUCGCCCCAGACUGCCAGCUGGAUGAAGAGUUGAGGAAGAGGAGGGAGCUGGUCUCCCACAGUCAAAUAGAUGAGUUCCUCCACUCCUUCAGAGAGGGCUAUGUAGCCUGGAUAUCAGACGCCCUGACUCCUGCCUGGCUGUCUGGUCACCUGUCGUACCGUCAGAUAGGGGAGCUGAAACAAGUGGUGAGGAAAAUGGGGACCUGGGACCUGGUCAGACUACAGGGAGGAGAGCAGCUCAAGGGAGACUUCCGGAGCUGUCCUUACAUCGCUCUGAACCGCCAGGAGACUGACACCAUGGAGUUCUUCAAGAUCAAAACGCUGUCUGCUAAUUCGCUGUGGGCUCUGCUGGGACACGCCCCUCAGGUGACGGUGAAGAUGUAUAAACGUGGAGCUCCAGGCUGGCUGGGGAAGCCCCUGACGUCCACCAGCACCAUCCCCCACAACACACAGGUCAUCUUCCGGAUCAACGGAGAGGAAACGGACGCCGGGAUCCCCGCUAACACCAUCCACAGCAUCACACUCAGCAUAUGACUUCUUUUUUUUUUGCCCUUGGUUACGGCCCAAAUGUCACCCUAUAUAGUACACUACUUUUAGUGUCACCCUAUAUAGUACACUACUUU